AUGUCUUACAGAGGACCAUUGAACAGUCUCAAUGGUAUGAACGAGGGUCGCCCGAUCAACCCAUAUGGGGGGAAUCAAAAACAGUCUCAAUCGUACUUUGAUUGGAGCGAAUUGAAACGUAAGGUGGACCGUCAAAUAAAGAAAAUUGAAGACUUAACUGAUCAUCCAUUGGUAGAUUACAUUAGACCCUACGUGCCAGCAUUAGCAAGAUUUUUCAUCGUAGCUACAUUUUAUGAAGAUUCAUUCCGUAUUACAUCUCAAUGGUCUGAUCAAAUCUUUUAUCUGCACAAAUGGAAACGUUAUCCAUACUUCUUUGUGGUUUUAUUUUUAAUUGCAGUGACUAUUUCCAUGUUAAUUGGAGCAACGAUGUUAAUCCUACGGAAACAAACUGUUUAUGCUACGGGGAUAUUGUGUUCAUGUAUUGUUUCUCAGGCCUUGGUUUAUGGAUUGUUUACGGGUUCUUCAUUCGUUUUAAGAAACAUCAGUGUUAUUGGUGGACUUCUGAUUGCCUUUAGUGAUUCCAUUGUUAAAAACAGAACUACAUUUGGUAUGUUACCUGAAUUAAAUAGUAAAGAUGGGAGAACCAAAGGUUAUUUGCUAUUAGCGGGUCGUAUUUUGAUCGUCUUGCUUUUCAUUACUUUCACUUUGAGUAAAUCGUGGUUUACAGUUUUCAUUACUAUUGUCAAUACCAUCUGCUUUGCUAUUGGCUAUAAAACAAAGCUUGCAUCAAUUACUCUGGGUUUGAUCCUAACUUUCUACAACAUUACUUUGAACAACUAUUGGUUUUACGAUCAAACCAAGAGGGACUUUUUAAAAUACGAAUUCUAUCAAAAUUUGAGCAUUAUCGGUGCGCUACUGCUUGUAACUAACACCGGUGGUGGAGAAUUAUCCGUUGAUGAAAAGAAGAAGAUCUAUUGA